UGAGUUGUUUAAUUGCAGUCACAGACUAGUCCAUGACAAUAGGCUCUAAUGACAUUUAUCAGAAGUAAAUAAAGUAUUUUCUCUGAUAAAGUAUUUGUCCUUGUUACAUAUUAGUCCUGAGGUUAAAUGUUAAACAGUGAGGCGUUAAUACACUUCAGUGGCUGUGACUCCAUGUGGCCUGUGAACCAGUGUGUUCCUAAUGGGAAACAAUAAACCACCACCAUGUAGGGAUAAAACUAGAGUCUGCUUUUAGAUUCACUGUUAUAUAAAAGUUCUGCUGCUGCUCCCACACUGUAGUGUCCUCUGAACCUCUGUCCUCUCCCCCUCCUCACCCUCUCUUUCUCCAUCUUUACUCUUUCAGAUACAUUGUGUGGCCCAUUCAGAGCUAGUUCAAAAAAAAGAACAGAACAAGGAGCGGCUGAGUGUUUAGUGCAGGUGUCCUAGCUUCAGUCCACAGAAACGGGUCUUUUAAAGAGCUGAAAGGGGCCAUCCGGUCAACACCCCCUCCCCUCCCUGCCUUCCUUACUCACUCUUUGUCCCAUAGAUAUUUUUUAAUUGUUAGCUAUGACAGUUGAGCGGCUUUUCGAGUGCCUCAGUGAAGAGCCUUGUAAUUAGAGCUAUUGAGCUGCUGGAAUUGGUACAAUUAGGGUCAACAUUAAUGAUUUCUGUGUGCACACCAUUCAGGCCGUUCCAGAAAAGGCCCAUUUUCUCAGAAAGGAUGAAGAGGACUCAAGAAAAAGGUCAGAGGGAAGAAAGACUGAGGGGCAGUCAGAUUAUAAAGGGAGACAAACAGAAGCCUACAUGAACUCAAGGCAGUGAAACAUCUGGAUUUUCACUUAUUGGUCCACUUUAAACCCACCGUUGUCCGUGUAGUGUUAUUGUCACAGCUGUGAGUGGUGGUUCUCCUCACUCAUGUCCUAGUGUGUAGCAGUGGAGGAGCAGAAGUGUCUGGGAGAAUGAUAAUGAUGAUUAAUUAGUUAGACCACAGGUCUGUUCCAGUUCACACAUCCAUUCUCCUGUUCAUACUGGUUAUACUGGGUUACUGGUUUAAACAUAAAACAAGUGGUAAAGAACACCACGUAGAUGUUCAGAAGGUCAAGGGAUCCACCAGUGUCUACCUCUCUGUUAGUUGGUAACUAGUUCAACCAGCAGCUAAUUGUUUAGCUUCUCUAGUCCUGAGGAUCACUCGGAGUACUUUACACUACAGGUUUCACCAUCUACCUACCUGUCAGUGGGGGGCAGUGUUUCACCUACCAAGUCUGGAAUCAAUCAAGGACAACUGCAGUACCAGCUGAGCUGCAGCCAUGCUGUGGGCAGAAACUGAGCUGGAAGAUCAACUCCAACUCACGGAGACCCUCCCUCGCAGACAUCAGGACCGACUGUGAGCCGAGGCCCAGAUCUGCCUCCUGAAGAGAAAUAAAACGGACGGCACACAGACCUGAGCAGGCUGCUCUUCUGCGACAUCCUCCGUCUGCCUCUGUCGUGUUUGUGCUGCUGGAGGAGGAGGAUGGAGAGAUGAUGUGAUGCUCCAUCUCUGGGCCGAGGACAUGUCCCCCCCCGAAUGAGACCUGAUAUUAUGCGGGGAAGGAGGAGGGUGGACCAGACCGAAAGGGAACAAAGCAGCGGUUUAAAAGCCCUUCUACAAACUGGCAGCAUCAGCCAACUAUGGUGGAUCCCUCGGAGGCUGAGGAGCAGAACAAGUGUAAAGGCCCACACCUCGACGCUCCAGCUGUGGCUACAGAAGAACCUCGGUUGCCAGAAGAAGCUGAUGGUGCAACAACAGAGGAGGAUGGAGAUGCUGGGUUUGAAACGCCACCCACUGGCAGCGCUGGGCCCAGUCCCUGCCACGUCGCUAGCUCGGCAGCAACAGAAGCCGCCCCUCAGGGGCCAGCGCCUCAGCCUCAACCUCAGCCUCAGCCUCAGCCUCAGCCUCAGCCUCCUCAGCCACAGACUGAGGCAGAUGUCUCACCAAAGUUGCACCUCGACCUGUACAACUUUGACUCUCCAGCUGCUGAGGGCAGCCGAUACGUUCUGACGAGCCCUCGCUCUCUGGAGGCGUGCGCUCGAUGUGGCGUCAAACCUGUGGAACUGCUUCCUCGGCCUCUCUCUGACUUUGCCCGGGAGGCCCCUGGGCGCUCCAUGCGCGUGGCCACAGGGCUGUUUGAGAUCUACGAGAAGGACAGGCACGCAAAGCUGCGCCAGUGCCGAGAGGAGAGAGAGAGAAUCAUCAGGGAGGAGAAACGAAGGAUUCUGCAGGCAGCGGUCAACAGCAGUAACGGAGUUACACCUUCAUCUGUGAACACGCCCCCUGCUGGGACCAGUCAACCCCUUACAUCUGUGCCAGUGAGCUGUAGCUCAUCUUCAGGAGAUGGUGUGACCUUCUCCAAAGACUUAACAUCUCCUCCGACCUCUAAAACAAGUCUUUUACCGAAAAGUUGUGCUGAUAGUCUGGGUCCUGCCCCGAAGUCUUCCCAUCCAGUGUCCCCUCAGUCUUCAAAAACUGCUUCUUCACCCUCUUUACCACCUUCCAAGACCACUUACCAAGGAUUUACCAAGCGUCCUUUGUCCUCUUCCACUGAGCGAGUGAAGGCGUCACGAUCACUCUCCUCUGGCCCUCCACCAGUUAUCAGGAAAUCCUCAGGAAGUAAAUCUUCAAACACUUUCCCCAGAACGUCUCCAAAACCGCCGUCCUUCCCCAGAGCCAACACUACACUAACAACGUCCGUGUCAAAGCCAGCGGCUAAGAGCCGUGGGACUUCUCCUAACGGUGUCACGGCGCGGCAGUUUUCCCAUCACAAUGGACAUGUCAAACUUCAUUCUCGAUCCAGAGUAAAGAGCCAUUCCUUGGAGUCCUUACAACGAAAGAUUGAUCCCGUAUGCUGCUCCACCUCCACCACAACCACCACCACAUGUACCUCCUCAGAGUCAGGAGCCUCCUCCUCCUACAGCUGGGAUGGAGCACGAGAUCGCUGGAUUAAAGCGUUCUGCCCUAGAGCUCGCACUCUGGCGACUUUCAACUCCCUGAUGGGCCGGAGCCUCAGCCUGGGUGACCUGAGCCACUCUCCUCACACCACACAGAAGGUGGAGCGCAUCUUGAAGGAGGUGAAGCGUCAAGGCCUGAAGGCGGUGUCCGAGCGAGACCGCAAAAUCGCAGCUCUGAUGCUCGCUAGGUUUCAGGAAGAAGACAUCAUGAGUCAGACUCGCUACGUCGCUCACCUCCAGUGGGACAGUGAGCGUAGAAAGGAGGAGCUACGGAGAGAGCAGGAGGAGAGGGAGAAGCAGCGUGCAAUGCUUCAGUGCCAGAGAGUGUGGCAAACACAGGUGUCGAUACGCCAGCGAAGGCUGAGCCAGCAGGAGAAAGAAUCGGCAGCUGCCAAAAUGCGACAGGCAGAGGAGAGCGAGGAGCGAUGGAGGGAGCUGGCAGAGCAGCAGGAGCGCAGUCGUCUCCUGAAGCUGCAGCAGGCGGCACGGGAGGAAAAGCACAAAAAAGCACUUCAAGAGCAGAACCUGAAGGCUCUGGAGGAGGAGAGGGCGGCUGUGCUGGAGCAGGAGAGGCUGCUGCUGAAGGAGAAGCUCACCAUGGCUGAGCUGAAGAGGCAGGAGAAGGAGCACCAAGCCCAGGAGGAGAGACGAGGCCUAAACAAGGCUGAGAAGAGACGUCAUGCUGCCCUGGUCCAGGAAAUUGCUCGCAGGGAGCAGGAGGAGAGGGAGGAGGCCAGGAGGAAUGCGGAGGAGAAGCUCAGCCGCUCCCUGGAGAACUAUGAACAGAUAGUUGAACGACGAGCGCAGGAGCUGAAGGAAAAGGCCAAACGUGAGGAGAAGCAGAUCGAGAAGGCACGCAGGGCUGCGGAGAAGCGUGAGAAGCAGCAGCAGCAGCUGAUAGAGGCCCGUGCGAAGGAGGCGGAGAAACGAGCUCAUCAGGCAGCGUUAGUGGCUGAGGUCAGGGCCAAAGAGAAGGCUCAGAGGGCCGUCCAGAGCCGACAGGAGAAGGAGAGACUCCAGAAACUCAACAGGCAGAGGGUGGAGGAGGAGGAGAAGCAAAGACGUCUGGAGCUGCUGCAGUCCAUCGAGAGAAAGCUGGAGAAGAGUGAGCAGAUUUUUAAAGAAAAGAAGGCCGUGCUGGAGAGCGCUCGCUCCGUGGCCAGAGCAUCUUUUCAUGUGAGGGACAAAGUGCGUGAGGAGACCAACAUGCGCACAUUUGACAAAAUGGCCCUCGAAGCUCAGCUGAAAGCUGGUCUGGAUGAGAAAUAAACCCAUAAGUGUUUGCUGUGAACUCCAUUCCUGGUCACGUGCUUCUGGUCAAGGCUCUCACCUCAUCAUGGCCCUCAUCAGUCGACAGCUCUUACCUGUUCAAGUUUCCUGACAUGCCUUCACCCAUCAGGUGGAGGUCAGAUGAUGAUCCUCUGUCAUGGUUGUAUAAAGAAAACAAAGUAUAUCAUCAGCAAUGCCUGUUCAGAACUGCUGUGUGCUUCAUAUUAGAUUAGAAGAAUGACUGUAAUCUGUGUCUUUACACUGGAUGAGGUUCUCGGUGCAUCACUACUGGGAUGAGGACUUGCUCAAAGACCACUCCCCAGUUGUUUAUCCUUUGAUUUGAUUAAAACUGAUCUGGUGGUGAGUUCCAUGUUAAUCCGAGCGAUUCGGGCUGUUUUAUAAUGAUCAGAUCCUGAGUGUGAUGGUCUGGCUCUGCAGUGUCUGUGUUUGUUUGAGGCAACAAACGUGCACUGCAGUAUCAGUUACUUAAGUACUGAUCUGAACCAAACCGAUGAUGUUAGAACCAAAUGUGUGACCUAAGAGUGUAGAGUCAGAUGCUGACUCCAACACUGUCACUCUGUCUUUCAUUCAUUCAAUGCUGACUCUUUUGUCUGUCAGCAGCAUUGACUGAAGCACAACUCCAUUACUACAAGGCUUUUAAGAUGGAGAAUCAACCAAAAGAGGAAUUGAAAGCAGGACAGUAAUGCUUCUUUAUCCCUGAAGCAACUAAAGGAUCUUUUUUUAUCUCAGAUCUCAGAAAAUGAAGCCUAAGGCUAGACAUGUGUCUGGACCAAACCAGUGACAAUCAGACAUGGUGUACCAGAGAGUUCUGUGCAAAGUAUCAAGAGGCAACUGCAUCAACAUCAAAAGACCUUAAACACUCACCUCUUCAAUUCAGAUUACUGAACUGUGUUCAAGAUCAAUUGUGCCACCUCCUGACAACAUGCUACCAGCACAGCUGUCUUACAUCAAAGGAGCCAGGACAACAUUUACUUCAAUACAAACAUCUUUUCUUCUUCUAUUCCACUUUAAAGCGUUGCACCUUGGAUCAGUUCAUCUGUGCUGGUCAACAGUGUUGGGGUUAGAACAUGGCUCUGUCGUCAUUAGGGAACGUUGUUCUUUUUAUAUCAUAUCAUUUGUACAUGACCAUCAUUUGCCUGCUUUCUUUCCUAAUUACUCCCAAUAUUUUUCAUCAUGCACAGACUUCCAGAUGGUGCAGUAAUGUAAAGGUGGAGAUAAGAAUUCUGACCAUGUUAUUUGAACAACUUAAAUCAGAGAAAUGAGGAAUAAAGACAUUUUCCAAAAAGGAGAAGAACUUCUGCGUUUUCCUGUUCUCACAUCAUUUCAUUUCAACUUCAUUCAGUUUAAUUUAACUUUGACUCCUUCUCUAUAAACAUGUGAUGCAUUUCUUUCUUUAACUUUUUGUUAUAUUAACGUAAAUUGUUCUGAUGUACAGUAUAUGCUCUGUGUCAUUUACUAAAUAUUUUAAAAUCUAAAAUUUUUCUAUUGACACUGCUGACCUUCUGCCACCUCUACUGCUACACCAACCAUCUCCAUGUCCUCUGUGGCUACAUCCAUACAUCUUCACUGAGGUUUUUCCGUCAGCUCCAUCUGAAACCACCUCAACCUCACCUCUCUACCUUUAUCUCUAAACUGCUCCACCUUAACUGUUCCUCUGACCUUCUACUAUUAGACUGAGCCACUGUCUCUAAACCAUAUAUCAUAGCAGGUCUCACUACUGUUUUAUAACUCUUCCCUUUUAACUUUGCUGCUAUUCUUCUGUCACAGAUAUUCCCUUGUCUCCAUCAAAUCCUCCUGCAUUCACCCUUUCUUCACCUCUGUUCAU